AGGGUGCGGCGGGCGCGGUGGGAGGAGAGGGGAUCUGACGUCAGGUCGCGAGGUGCUUUCCAGCCGCGAGCUGUCAGGCGGGUGUCAGACCCGGCAGGUACGCGGCGCGCUCCCCCGGCGCCCCCCCGCCCCGGCCGGGCCGUCCCGCACCCCGCCGAGGCCGCGUGGGCCGGAAAGCCGCCGGGGAAGGAUGAAUUUUUAGACGUCAUCUACUGGUUCCGACAGAUCAUUGCUGUGGUCUUGGGUGUCAUUUGGGGCAUUUUGCCCUUGCGAGGCUUCUUGGGAAUAGCAGGAUUCUGCCUGAUCAAUGCAGGAGUCCUGUAUCUCUACUUCAGCAACUACCUACAAAUCGAUGAGGAGGAAUAUGGUGGCACAUGGGAGCUCACCAAAGAAGGGUUUAUGACUUCGUUUGCCUUGUUCAUGGUCAUUUGGAUCAUCUUUUACACUGCCAUCCACUACGACUGACGGCCUUUGCUCCCAUCUCUGCUGUCCAGUCCAAAGGACCCUUUUAUUAGAGCACAGAUACACGCUUGUUGGGGCACUCGUGCCACACGGAACUGAGAAGACCCAUGUCUCUUGGAUUUAGAAUCAGCGUGUUGGGCAUCGGCGUUUUCUGCAAGGGUUGUGAAACUUUUCAAAGAACCAUCUGCCUUUGGGGAAGCAUUUCUGAAUUUGUCCAUCAACCAUUUUUCUUGGAUACCAUCAUGUAACAGCUGUUUGCCAAGUGGAGCUGCUGUUUAAUCUAAUGCGCCUCUGGAUCCGGAUGAAACAUUAAAUUGUCUUCCUUAGUUCUCCGUCAGGUGUACAGUUUUUAAACUAUCAGUGGCAUCUCAAGUCUUCUGAAAACACCAUGUGCGUGAUCCAUAGCGCAGUAUGGGCAGCCGUCUAAUAGGUUUCCACUGUAGAGUGUUUUCGGAUACUUGAAUAAACAAGUCUCACUGAAA